GUUUUCCUUUUUAAAUGUUCAAAUCCUCAACCCAGAAUAAGGGCACAUUAAGAUAGGGAUGUCCCAGUCCAUAAUAGCUGCAUCCUGCAAUUGCCUGAACCUUCUAAUGGGAAUGUUUCUGUAUCUUCUUCUAGUCACUUCUAUGACUGUAGUUCCGCUGGACUGUGGUUUUUCAGGAGCUGUCUUGAAAUGGGGAGGAUUUGGUUAAUUAUUGGUGUGGCAGAUGAACAGAGAUGACCCAGGACAUUCUAAUGACUCGUUCCUCUAGCAGUGUUCCAGAUUCACUAAGCUUCUUUAAAGACUCCUGGCUGUCACGGAAGGUACAUUUCAAACCUGUAAUAGGAGCCCCCACCUAGUGUAGCUCCGCUUCAGUGUUCUUUGCUCUCCAAGCAGGUGUCGACACUGGAGUCUACUGCUGCUCUCAGAUGAGAAAGAAGUUUCCAGGAUGCUUUUCACAUUUUCAUAGGCGGUGAAAUCACAAAACGAUCAGAAUGCUUACGUUUACUUCAGGAUGUAACAGAUUGCUUUCCUAUUUCCUGAUCUCAGCCUUCCAAAGGACUUUUCUCUCCUAAGGAUCUUGAUUCCAAAGAGCAGUGCAUUUCCUGUGUGUGUAUCUGGGCCCCAGUCUUCCAGGCACCAUGGGCAGAGAAGAGAUCCCUCCCAGCUUAAGUUUAGUGUUUUGUUUUUUAAAAGAGAAUCCAAGAUAGGUUGGAUACUGUGGCACCUGGUCAAGGUAGAGUAGUAUGUGCUGUUGAUGUCAAUUAAAAGGGUGAUAACAGAAGUACAUAUUUUUGGUCUACCAAGGCCAUAAAUUGCAGAAAGAAUUCACCAAAGACAGCAGGUCGGUGAGUGAGCUGGUUUAAUUGAAUUGGUAUUUGUACAAGGUGACACCCUCUCUCAUACCACCCACCCCCUCCCUGGGUGACUCAGCCACUGAAGGAGAAGCCUCUGAACUGUUCAUUAACUCAGGCAGGUGGAGGUGGAAACUGCUUUCAGUAAACCCCACGUACUCAUUCGUCUCAGCCGGAUCACCUGGGGGAAUCACUGCAGGUUGUUUAGACAGAAAGUCCCGGUUUUCUGCCCAAGACAGCAUUUGGUGGUUUAAAAGGAGUCGAUGGACAGCAAGCAGCUCGGAAAGAGUAUAAAACAUUAUCAAGCCACGGAGCAGGGAGAGAGAUUCAGAGGAGGAGUCAGGUCCUGACUGGAAGGCAGCAUGUCCAAUUUCACCUUGAGAAAAACAUCUCCCACAGGAAACGAUAUGAGGACUACCACGCAGGGGACCACACUGAGGCAACAGGGUUUCCAAGAGGUCAACAAAAGAAGGACUUUCUUACAGGAUAACAGCUGGAUAAAGAAACGUCCUGAAGAAGAAAGAGAUGAAAAUUACGGUAGGGCGGUGCUCCACAGACAUAAUUCCCACGAUGCCUUGGACAGGAAAACAAAUGAGAGGGAAGAGCCAAAAGCCACAAUCAGUCGGUACAGAUCUGACGACACUUUGGACAGGAUUUCAAACAGAAAUGAUGCUGCUAAAACAUAUAAGGCCAAUACCCUGGAUAACCGACUAACCAAUAGAAAUGUGUCCACGUUUCAACCACCAGAAGCGACAAAGACCAGGCAACCUGGAGGUGUGUCCAGUGCAAAGGCCACCAGCACCCCCGCUUCCACCUCCACCACUACUCCUGUGAAGAAGAAGAGACAAUCCUGGUUUCCACCACCUCCUCCAGGUUACACCACCACCCCAAACACAGGAGCAAGCAGAAGGGAACCAACUGUUCACCCUCCGAUUCCUCCAAAGCCCAGUUCUGCUGUUUCAUCUCCUAACCAGCUGAAGCAGGAUAAUAGGCAGAUAUAUCCAGCUAAACCAAGUGUAUAUACAGAAGCCAACAGAUCUGCUGAAAGAAAUAUAAGGAGUCAGGAUCUGGAGAACAUUGUCAAAGUGGCCACUUCGCUUCAGAAAACUAAAAAGGGUGAAGAAUUGGAUAAUCUCAUCAAAAUGAACAAAAGUUUGAAUAGAAAUCAAGGUCUCGAUGGUCUCUUCAGAGCAAAUCUUAAGUCAGAAUUAACGGAGAAAAGAGCCAAAAGCCUUGAAAAUCUCAUCUUUGUGAAUACCCGGACAGAUAAAGAUGGCAAAGGAAACCAAGGCCUUGGAAGUCUUAUUAAAGUUAAUCAAAGGGCUGACAAAAUCGAGAAAGGAAGCCAAGAUCUCAAAGAGGUUAUUAAAGCAAAUGCCACGACAGAUCAGACAAGCAGAGGAAGUAAAGACCUUGAUAGCAUUAUCAAAGUGAAUCCCAAAGAAAGUGCAAACACCACUGGGAAGCAAGACCUCGAUGGGCUUAUUAAAGUAAACCCUGAAACACAUAAAAAUAUUAAGAGGGGCCAGAGUCUUGACAAUCUCAUCCAAGUGACCCCUGAAGUUAACAGAAGUAACCCAAGUUCCAAAGACCUGGAUAACCUCAUCAAAGUGAACCCAAGAACUGGAGAAAGUGUGCAAGGGGACCAAAGUCUUGACAACGUCAUCAAAGUGACUCCGGAAACAAACAAAACUAACCAACGGAGCCAAGACCUGGACAGUCUUAUUAAAGUGACUCCCUCAGCAAAGAAAAGCAGUGAACAAGGUCUUGAUGAACUUAUUAACGUAAGCCCCAAAGCUGUCAAAAACACAGCUAGAAAUCAAGAUCUUGAUAAGCUCAUCAAAGUGAACCCUGAAAUUCUCCUCAAAAAUCAAAGAAACCAGGAUCUCGAUAAACUCAUCAAAGUGAAUCCUGCAGUAAUCAGAAGCAAUCAAAGCCAAGCUUUAGACAAUCUCAUUCAAGUGAAACCUUCAGCACUCAGAAAUACUAAGCGAGACCAGAACCUAGAAAAUUUAAUGGACAUAAAUUACAAUGUGUCUAAGAAUAAGAAUGAAAGGCAAGAUGGCCAGGUCACUGGAUCUACUGAGACUUUAAUCAGCCCGUCCUCUAGAACAGCUGCCUAUUCUUAUGAAGCCAGGAAGAUGCUCAGCUCCAAUGCUGAAACCAGGCAUGCAGGAUCAAAGGAUACAGUUGUGUACACAAGGACGUACAUGGAGAAUAGCAAAUCACCAAAGGAUGGAUAUCAGAAGACUGUCUCUGGAAAAUACAUACAAACUGUUUAUUCGACUUCAGAUAGGUCUGUCAUUGAGAGAGACAUGUGCACUUACUGUCGAAAACCCCUGGGCACAGAAACCAAGAUGAUUUUAGAUGAAUUACAAAUUUGCUGCCAUUCGACUUGCUUCAAGUGUGAAAUAUGCAAACAACCUUUGGAAAACCUUCAAGCAGGUGACAGUAUUUGGAUAUAUAGGCAGACAAUACAUUGUGAAUCUUGCUACUCUAAAGUUGUAGCCAAGUGGAUUCAGUAAUUCUGGCACAUGAAAAUCAAGAGGAAAGGAUUCAUCGGGAAUUAAAAUUUUUAUUAUAAGAACAUGUAAUCUAAAAAAGCUUUUACACCAAUGACUGACUCUUUGUAUAACAAUUCUGCUAUUGCAUAAAUAAUAUAAUUGCUUAUACUAAGGUCACAUACAUAAAGGGAACCAUUUGGUAUCUGGUUAGAUUUAGAGAUAAAAAAUUCAAGUGGUCUAGUUAGCAACAUCAAAGGAAGGAUGUUUCUGAUGGCAGUGAGCAUUGUCAGCCUUGACCAGGUCCAUCUCUGCUUAGUAUUAGGCUGUGUAUCACGGUUUCCAUUAGAGACCAGGAUUCCCAGUUUCUCAUCUUUGUUUCUCUAGGGGUUUGGAUUUACAGAUAUUACUGACAUCUUGACAAAACUGCCAAGGAAGCAAGAUAUGUACAUUUCUUAUAUGGAAAAGAAACGUUGAUAGAAAUUUUGGCAGAAAGAUAAAGUCUGGCAGAAAGAUGUUAGUGUAUAAAGGUGUAUGGACCUCAGAAAAUCACUUAAACUAUUCAGAUUUUGGUGCUAUUAUCUGUAACAUGAGGGGAAAUGGAGAAAAUGAUUUCUGAGGUCACUUUCUGCUCCAAAACUCUCAGAUGCUAAAGCAAGUUUUUGUUUGAUCUUUUGAAUUAUAUCUGAAUCUGUUUGUUAAGCAUGCAGAACUAGAUAGGAUAUCUAAACAAUUUAAUGUUGGUGUCAUCCUUUAGUUUAUUACAGAUAUAAGUUUUAUAGAACAUGUUUUAUAAAUACAAAGACAUGCAUUUAUUGGUAAUGGGUAAAAAUCACAUGGCAUGUAUAGUUUACAUAUUAUAAUUUGUUACACUUUCUUUUCAAAAUCUGGAUUUGUAAAUGAUCUAUGAGAAAUAAUGGUAAUGGACUACAAAGACAUGUUCUUUAGCAUGCUAUAGCUAUUCCUACUACAUAGCACUUUAUAUUUACAGAUGGCUGAUAAAAAUAAAAUGAACUGUCAGUUACACA